AUGCGGAUGUCAAAGGCCUAUGAAACGACUAUGAAUGAUCUUGUACUCGUACAGAAAGAAAACCGUGAUUUACGAGCUGCGCAUGGCAAAGAGAAACAAAAACGCCAAAAAUCUAAGAAACAGAUAUCUAUUGAGCAUGGGAUUACUGGCGAAGAAGCUCAAGCGCUCGUACAAGAUCAGGUUGAGGCAUCUCAAGCUGUUACUACUGCUCCGGGUGAGCCGGAGCUCCCAGCUUCUCAAGCAGUCUUUAUUGUCCGUACCCAGCCCUAUUGGCUAUGA